GGCAGUGUUGCUUCUGAGCUCUUUACUGCUGCAAGAGUUUAGUGCAUCCGCUUAUCUGGGGAAAGUGGCAGUCCUUUUUGGCUAGCCUAAAUUUAUGGAUUUCUUGUCUUCAUCCUAAAUUGUGCCAAGGAAUUGUUUUUCACAGAUUUUGAGAAAACAAGGAUUCGGAAGAUUUGUGGUCGAUUCUUUAGUGCAAAUCCACGUAAAAUAAAAGACAAUGACUCAGUUCAACAAGGGCCCUGCAUAUGGUUUAUCUGCUGAAGUGAGAAGCAAGAUUGCUCAGAAGUAUGACAUGCAGAAGGAGGAGGAGUUGAGGUACUGGAUCGAGGAAGUAACCGGCAUGCCAAUCAGAGAAAACUUCCAGAUGGACUUGAAGGAUGGUGUCGUACUCUGCGAACUGAUUAAUAAACUCCAGCCAGGCUCUGUUAAGAAAAUCAACAACUCCAAACUUAAUUGGCACAAGCUUGAGAACUUGGGCAACUUCAUCAAAGCCAUUCUUGCAUAUGGCCUGAAGCCUAACGACGUCUUUGAGGCUAAUGAUCUAUUUGAGAAUGGGAAUAUGACUCAAGUCCAGACCGCAUUGCUUGCCCUGGCCAGCAUGGCAAAAACCAAAGGUAUGGACACAAAGGUGGGCAUUGGUGUUAAGUAUGCAGACAAGCAAACCCGCAACUUUGAUGAUGAAAAAAUGAAGGCUGGUCAGUGUGUGAUUGGACUGCAGAUGGGUACAAAUAAGUGUGCUAGUCAGGCAGGGAUGACUGCUUAUGGCACCAGGAGACACUUGUAUGACCCAAAGACUCAAACAGACAAACCCUUUGACCAAACCACAAUCAGCCUACAGAUGGGCACUAAUAAAGGAGCAAGCCAGGCUGGCAUGGCAGCCCCUGGCACCAGGAGGGAUAUUUUCGACCAGAAAGUGGCUGUCCAGCCUCUGGACAACUCCACAAUCUCUCUGCAGAUGGGCACCAACAAGGUGGCCUCUCAGAAGGGUAUGAGCGUGUACGGGCUCGGCAGGCAAGUGUAUGAUCCCAAAUACUGCGCCUCCCCCACCGAACCCAUCAUCCAUAGCAACGGCAGCCAGGGCACCGGCACCAACGGUUCAGAGAUCAGCGACAGCGACUACCAGGCUGAAUACCAAGCUGAUUAUCAGGAUGAAUACCAGGCAGACUACCACGAUGAGUACAGAACCCAUUACGACCAAGGCAUUGACUAUUAAACUGCUGGAUAAAGUGCAUGGCAGAGAUUAAUAAUUUUGGAUCCUUGCAUCAACAGAGCGAGACUUUUUUAUUUUUUCCUCGCUGACCUUUUUUUAAUAAGACAGAUGUUAAAAGAGGAGCAUUUCCUGCAUCAUCAUUCCUCUUGAUUAUACAGUAUUUUAUUAGGUAGGUAGAUUAUAGACUGUAGAUUAAAAAAAAAAAAGUUUUAUAAAGUUUAGUUUUAAAAGUUGAGAUGGAUUAGAGGAGCAGUACAAGUAUUCCUCAAACGUCAUUUGUGGCAGCUUAAAGGGAUAGUUCACCCACAAACUUAAGUUCUGUCCUCAUUUAUUCACCCUCAUGAUGUUCCAAUCCUGUAUGACUUUCUGUCUUCUGUGGAACACUAAGGUGAUGAAUGAUAUCCUUGGUCACCUUUCACUUUGAUUACACUGGAAAAAUUUGCAAUGAAAGUGAAUGGUUACUGAUGCUAACAUUCUACAUAACAUCUUUUGUGUUUCACUGUACGUCAUACAGAACUGGAACAACAUGAGGGUGAGCGUAUGAUGAAAGCAUUUUCAUUUUUGGGUGAACUAUCUCUUUAUCCACAAUCUUAAUCGCUACAUUUUCAAUGAGAUAGAUUUAAACUGGUUAAGUGCAUAGCAUAGGAAUGUCUGUGACUUAAGCAUUUAGUGUAUGCAGCAUUCAUUAAGUUUAGAAGGGAGAAUCAGAAUCUGUAAAGAUUGUGUGGUUCCCAGGUUGAUCUAAGCAUUGCAGCAUUGUGGCUUUUUUUAAGUGUUUUAUAUAUAUAUAUUAUACAUAUAUGUGUGUGUAUGUAUGUAUGUAUGUAUGUAUGUAUGUAUGUGUAUGUUUUGCCUAUAAAUCAUUUGACCAAGCAAUGCAAUUCUAAAUUGUGCCAUAGAUUCAUUUAGAAGACCUCUUUCCUUUCACCUUGUUCCCUGCUCACUCUUUCCCCAUCGUCUUGUAUUUAUUGCCAGUAAUAUUCAAUAGAGACCCCAGUCCUGUUGAAUGGCUUUUUUUAUAUGAAUAAAGUUUUUAAUUUUCCAAUCAAGUUUGUAAAAAUUUCUUUAAAGGGAUAUUUCACCCAAAAAUUACAUUUCUGCCAUUAUUUACUUGCCCUCAAUGUCAUUCCAUACCCAUAUGACUUUCUACUGUGAAACACAAAAGAAUAUAUUUUUAAGAAUGUAGCAAUCACAGAUUUCCUGAUAGCAGUUGUUAUUGACUCACUUUAAAGCUUAAAACGCAAGUCUUAAAAGUGGUCGAUGCAGCUAGUGUGUCAUAUUCCAAGUCUUCUAAAUGAAUAUAAUAGUUUUUUGUGAGAAAUAAACUGAAAUUUCCACUUUUUUUAAAUAAUAAUAAUAAUAAUAAUAAAAAUACAAAUAAAUCGAACUGAUCACAACAUUCUUUAAAAUUCCUCCUUUUGUGUGCCACAUUAGAAACGUUGUAUGCAAAGACAUGAGUAGGUUUUUUUCUUUAGUUUCUAGAUGUUAGAAUUUCCUCAGAGAAUGAACUCUCAGGCAUUUUCUGAUGAAAGCACCGCCAGUGUAAUCCUUAUAUCCUGGCCGAACCAUCCCGGAAAUGAUGCGCCCUUGCGUUUGGAAAAAGGGGGCAUGAGCAAGUAUGAAUGCAGCCUUGUGGCAUUUUGGAAAGGGAAACCCUUCACCCCUGUCUGGCUGAUCUAGGUGCGGUAGGCCAGACUAAAGAGUUUCUCCCCCAACCUCUUCCCGCAAUCACACUGAUGGAGAAUAAGCCCUGCUUUGUGUGCCUGUGGAAUUUGGCUCAGAUAAUGCAGCACUCAGUUAGACAGUCUGACAAAACGGCGCCGAUCUCCCCUAGCAACGUUCCUUUUGUAUCAAUUUGACUCCAUUAAAACAGCUUAAAUGCUUGUACCUGUUUCGGGAAGAGCUUCAGUAUUUCAGAAAGUUACUUGUUUUCCAAGUGUUUGAUGUAGAAAAUUUCUACAAAGAUGUACUGAGUGGAGUCAUUUCAGUGCAACAUAGCACUGUAUUGAUAUCUAAAACCAUUUAUUUUUCAUUUUGUUCUCCACAU